AGGAAGCUACGGAGCUCACGAGGUAGCAUUAGCUCCUCUUAGAAGGUAGUUUGAAAACAGGUUUGGUGUUUUCGGUAAAUAUUUCCGUGUUUUCAGUGAAAAUGUCUUCAGUUCCGCCUCAGAGAGAGUUUAUCAACGAGCAGGUAACUCCUGCUGGAGAAACAUUCACAGAGUGGAAAGAAAUCAACGUUAAGAUGGAGGAAGAGAUGGAGGAUCAGCGCAGACUGAUGGAUUUUACCCGGAUACCGAGGAUCAUCUUACACCGGAUAGAUCUCCCACAAUGUUGCGUGUGUAAAGAGGAGGAGGUUCUCAAUGAAACAGAACCACAGAGGAACCAACUCAUCUCUCAUGGCUCUGCAGAAACUGAGAACCAGAAUCAGGAAGGAAUCAAUUCUGAAGACCCAGGAAAAGAGAGAAAGGAAGAACAAAAACAAAAGGAGAAAUAUGAGAAAACGAAAGAGCAGAAAGGCAGAACUGACACUUCAAAACAAAAAAAGCACAAGAAAGCUCACGCAGGGCAAAAAUUAUAUUCUUGUACAAUUUGUGAUAAAACCUUUUCUCAAAACGAUAUCUUGCUGAGACACAUAAGAAUUCACAAAGAUGAGCGGCCUUUUUCUUGUGGGACUUGUGGAAAGAGUUUCUCUCGGAAAGGCCUUCUAAAUGCUCAUAUGAAAGUUCACACAGGUGAGAAGCCUUUCUCAUGUAGGACCUGUGGAAAGAGUUACAGUGAAAGAGGGACUUUAACUCGUCACAUGAAAAUUCACACAGGUGAGAAGCCUUUCUCUUGUGGGUCGUGUGGAAAACGUUUCUCUCAAAAAGGUGUUUUAAAUGUUCACAUGAGAAUUCACACAGGUGAGAAGCCUUUCUCUUGUGGAUCCUGUGGAAAGAGUUUCUCUCGAAAGGACGGUCUAAAUGUCCACAUGAUAACUCACACAGAUGAGAAGCCUUUCUCUUGUGGGACUUGUGGAAAGAGUUUCUCUCGGAAAGGCCUUCUAAAUGCUCAUAUGAAAAUUCACAAAGGUGAGAAGCCCUUCUCAUGUGGGACCUGUGGAAAGAGUUACAGUGAAAGAGGGACUUCAACUAAUCACAUGAGAAUUCACACAGGUGAGAAGCCUUUCUCUUGUGGGUCUUGUGGAAGAGGUUUCUCUCGCAAAAAUUAUUUAAAUGUUCAUAUGAAAAUUCACACAGGUGAGAGGCCUUUCUCUUGUGGGACUUGUGGAAAGAGUUUCUCUCGGAAAGGCCUUCUAAAUGCUCAUAUGAAAAUUCACAAAGGUGAGAAGCCCUUCUCAUGUGGGACCUGUGGAAAGAGUUACAGUGAAAGAGGGACUUUAACUAAUCACAUGAGAAUUCACACAGGUGAGAAGCCUUUCUCUUGUGGGUCUUGUGGAAGAAGUUUCUCUCGCAAACAUUAUUUAAAUGUUCAUAUGAAAAUUCACACAGGUGAGAGGCCUUUCUCUUGUGGAUCCUGUGGAAAGAGUUUCUCUCGAAAGAAUACUCUAAAUGUCCAUAUGGUAACUCACACAGGUGAGAAGCCUUUCUCAUGUGGGUCUUGUGGAAGAGGUUUCUCCCUAAAAACUCAUUUAAAUGUCCACAUGAGAAUUCACACAGGUGAAAAGCCUUUCUCUUGUGGGUCUUGUGGAAGAAGUUUCUCUCGCAAACAUUAUUUAAAUGCUCAUAUGAAAGUUCACACAGGUGAGAAGCCUUUCGCUUGUGGGAUCUGUGGAAAGAGUUACAGUGAUAAAAAUACUUUAACUCAUCACAUGAGAAUUCACACAGGUGAGAAGCCUUUCGCUUGUGGGAUCUGUGGAAAGAGUUACAGUGAAAAACAUACUUUAACUCAUCACAUGAGAAUUCACACAGGUGAGAAGCCUUUCACUUGUGGGAUCUGUGGAAAGAGUUACAGUGGUAAAAAUACUUUAACUCAUCACAUGAGAAUUCACACAGGUGAGAAGCCUUUCUCCUGUGGAUCCUGUGGAAAGAGUUUCUCUCGAAAGAAUACUCUAAAUGUCCAUAUGGUAACUCACACAGGUGAGAAGCCUUUCUCUUGUGGGACUUGUGGAAGAGGUUUCUCCCUAAAAACUCAUUUAAAUGUUCACAUGAGAAUUCACACAGGUGAAAAGCCUUUCUCUUGUGGGUCUUGUGGAAGAUGUUUCUCUCGCAAACAUUAUUUAAAUGUUCAUAUGAAAAUUCACACAGGUGAGAGGCCUUUCUCUUGUGGAUCCUGUGGAAAGAGUUUCUCUCGAAAGAAUACUCUAAAUGUCCAUAGGGUAACUCACACAGGUGAGAAGCCUUUCUCAUGUGGGUCUUGUGGAAGAGGUUUCUCCCUAAAAACUCAUUUAAAUGUUCACAUGAGAAUUCACACAGGUGAAAAGCCUUUCUCUUGUGGGUCUUGUGGAAGAAGUUUCUCUCGCAAACAUUAUUUAAAUGCUCAUAUGAAAGUUCACACAGGUGAGAAGCCCUUCUCAUGUGGGAUCUGUGGAAAGAGUUACAGCGAUAAAAAUACUUUAACUCAUCACAUGAGAAUUCACACAGAUGAGAAGCCUUUCUCUUGUGGGUCUUGUGGAAGAGGUUUCUCCCUAAAAACUCAUUUAAAUGUUCACAUGAGAAUUCACACAGGUGAGAAG